AUUGGUGAUUUUAAAUUUUUGGCGGGAAACACUGGUCUAUAUAAUGACUGGUACCCCCCGGAUAAAAUGUACACAGAGGAGGCGCUUGGAGACCACUUCAGCUUUGAGGAAAGGCUGAAAGCCGGGAACGAAUCUUACUUCAAAUUAUUCAACUUAAAAGACGACCCUAAUGAAUACAAAAACCUUGCAGACGACAUGCCAGAAAUGGUACAAAAGCUUCUUACACGAAUGAAUGAGUAUAAGGAACAAAUGAUACCUGCUAAGAUACCAAAACCAAAUCCGGCUGCAAGUCCUAAAUAUUUUGGCAAUGCAUGGACACCCGGCUGGUGUAAGAAGCCGAUGGCAUGAGAAUUGCUUGUAAAUGGUUAAAUGUCAGGCCGAUUUUUG